AUGGAUUCGAUUACGUUGCAAUCGUGCGAUGGUAAAAAUUUCGAGAUUGAUCGUGAUGCGGUGAAGUAUAUCGGUAUGAUAAAUGAUAUGCUACAAAAUGUGGGUGAGGAUGGUCUGGAUAACGAAGCAAUCAAAAUACCACAAGUCGAUUCGAUCAUGUUGGAUAGAGUGCUGAAAUGGGCUGCCUAUCGUAAAAACGAAGACCAAACCAAGGUAAAGGACGUGAAUUUUGAAAGAGACUUCAUCAAGGAAAACAAUGUCCAUUUGUUUGAACUCAUCAACAUUGCUAAUUACUUGGACUUCAGCGACAUGCUCCAUUCUCUUUGCCGGAGUGUAGCCCUGAAAGUGAAAAAUAAAUCCACCGCCGAAAUUCGUCGAGAGUUUGGCAUCACCGAAAUGUAA